AUGGAGAUCCAUCUACCUCAACAAACAUUCGCCGAAUUAUUAGGCCAUAUGUGGGGAUUUAUCACGCAACAAGCAGAAAUGCAACUAAAACAGCAAAAGGAAAAGAAGAAGGCUGACAAGGCAAGUGCUUCCGAAAUUGCUCAAAAAUCUACCUAUGGGAGUACUCCACCAGUCUAUCUUCAGGUAGAUCGAAGGCUACGAAAAGCCACAGCACAAGGGUACCGUAAUCUUGUCGAACGACUGAAGUUCUCUUUGAAAACGAAACCGUGGUUAAAAGCAUUGAAAGCAUCAGACACUAUGGUACAAUGGGUAGACGAACGGGUAGACUACGAUCCAUUUCUAACCGUUCCACAGCCAUCAAAUCCGUGGAUUACCGACGAUACGAAUCUAUGGACACUGAAUACCGACACGGUGGAAGUGCCUACAGAAAGACGUGUGAAACGCUGGGGAUUAUCGGUACAAGAGCUUGUCAAGGAUCCAAUUGGACGUCAGGUGCGAGAUACUUACCGAUUACUUGUCAUUUGCGCAACAGGUGUCUUAUCAGCCGCGCAACAGCAAGGCUCAAGACGAUUAGGAUGGCGAAAUUUCAUUUUCAACAUGGGAGCAGCAAAGAAGCCGCAAUCCAAACCAGCGAAACGGGAUGAAUUGCAUUCACAAAAUCUCCCAAAGCAGCUCAGUUCGGAUUCGCUACCAGUUCGAACGGCACAUGCCGUUAGGUGA